AUGGCUUCUUCUACCAACCGGUACCCCGAGCAUGAUCUGUCGCAGUUCCCGAGCCAGCUGCGCGGCAAGCGCAUCCUGCUGUGCACCGAGUCCUUUGGGCCCGUCAACGGCGUGAGCCGGACGACGUUGAUGCUCGUGACGCACCUGCGGCAGCACGGCGCGCAGGUGGCCGUCGUCGCGCCGCACAACCACACCAACCACAACAUCUUUUCGCCGCCGCCCUCGCCGUGCCUCUCGCCGGCCGACAAGCAGCCCGAGGUGCGCCUCACCGGCUACCCGCUGCCCUUCAACCCGGAGCUCUCCGUCGUCUACCCCGUCCGCAACUCGACCCUCUUCGCCCGCACCUUUGGCCCCGACGCCCUGCCCGACAUCAUCUACCUCGCGUCGCCUGCCAGCCUCGGCUUCCAGGUCAUGCUGCAGCUGCGACAGCAGCCCGCAGCGCGCCAGAUCCCCGUGCUCUGCAACUUCCAGACCGACCUGGCUGGCUACUGCGACAUUCUCUUCCCGGCCCCGCUGAGCCACGCCGCCGUCUUCGCCUUUGACGCCGUCCAGAGCUACCUCUUCCGCCACGCCUCCAUCAAGACCAUCUUUUACCCCUCGCGCUUCGUCAAACGCUACCUUGUCAAGCAAAAGGUCCAAGCCGACAAGCUCGAGCUUCUUACCCGCGGCGUCAACGCCGACCUCUUCAACCCGAUCCGCCGCAGCGAGCAGCUCCGCAAGGAGCUGGCCCCCAACGGCGAGACCAUCUUUGUCACCAUCUGCCGCAUCGCCGGCGAAAAGGGCUUCGACUUUUUGGCCAAGGCCGCCAAGGAGAUGGACGCGCGCGGCCUGCCCUACAAGAUGGUCAUUGUUGGCGGCAACCGAAACCCAGACGUCGAGAAGGAGGUCCAGGAGCUGUUUGGCCCCCUCCGCGAAGAGGGCAAGGUGCUCUUCACCGGCUUCAAGGUCGGCGAGGAGCUCGCCGCGUACUAUGCCAGCGCCGAUAUCUUCCUGCACUGCUCCGUCACCGAGACGUUUGGUCUCGUAGUCCUCGAGUCCAUGGCCAGCGGCGUUCCUGUCGUCGCCCGUGACGAGGGCGGGCCCUCGGACAUCAUCGCUCACAGCGACACCGGCUUCCUCGUCCCACCCAACGACAUUGAGGGCUUCGUCGCCAAAGCCACCAAGCUGGCGUCGGACAAGGCGCUCCGCGCCCGCAUGGGCGAGGCGGCCCGCGUCGCGGCCUGCGAGUGCACCUGGGAAAAGAUCAACAACAAGGUCGCCUGGCGCAUGGCGGACACUAUUGCCGAGCGCGGCGAGGAGAUGGCCCAUGCCGACCCGGAGCCGUCCUCGCGCACGCUGUCGCAGGACGCCCAGCAGCUGGUGCCCCUCUACGGCUGGCUCAUGAUGAACAAUGCCAUGCGCGAGGCUAUUGUCAGCCGCAUUGUCGACGCGCGUCUCGUUGGUGGCCUUGGCAUCAUUAUCUCAUUUUGGAUCAUUACUGGCGCAUACAUGAUGUUCAUCGAGUCCAUCAUGUGGGCCAAAAAUCGCCUGAGAGGCGAGCGCCGCUUGAGCGUCUCUGCAUGA